AAACAAAGCUCCGGAAGCUCAGGGGUUCACUUGGGUGGCGUGGCUCCGCCUCAGAAUCCAGCUUAAUUGACUUAUCUCUGCAGGUGGAGGCUGAUUUUCUCUGCUGCUUGCACACAGAGCAUCAGUGUUUGUCCUGCACCUCUCAGCAGCUCACACAGCAUUUGAUUCUGUGGACUUGCAGGCCACGCUUGAGUCAAGGAGGACUCUGCUGCUUUAACAGGAAUAAUUUUCGGUGUACCACCUAGUGAAGUAGGGAAGACAUCUCCCUGCGUCGCCAAAGCUGUGCUAACUGGCCUAGAGGAGCUCAAGGGCAACAAAUUCACCAACACCACCAGCAAUGGGUAAUUCCAAGAGUGGCGCUGUGUCCAAGGAGAUCCUGGAGGACCUGAAGCUUAACACUAAGUUCUCAGAGACUGAGAUUGUCCAGUGGUACGGAAACUUCCAGAGGCAGUGUCCAUCAGGCCGCAUCUCGAAAGAGGAGUUUCAGACCAUCUACAGCAAGUUCUUCCCCGACAGCGACGCCAACACGUAUGCCCAACAUGUCUUCCGCUCCUUCGACACGAAUGACGACGGCACCCUGGAUUUCAAGGAGUACAUCAUUGCUCUCCACAUGACAUCGACAGGCAAGACCACCAGGAAACUGGAGUGGGCCUUCUCGCUGUUUGACGUGGACAAGAACGGUUACAUCACCAAGUCAGAGGUCAAGGAAAUUUGCACGGCGAUUUUCAAGCUGAUUCCCAAAGAGGACUUGCCUAAUUUACCUGACGAUGAGAACACAGCCGAGAAGCGGGCAGACAAACUCUGGAGUUACUUUGAUAAGGGUGAAAAUGAGCGAGUGGCAGAAGGAGAGUUCAUCCAGGGAGUGUUGGACAAUGACGAAGCUCUUCGUUUGAUUCAGUAUCAACCUUCAAAGUAACUCUUCCAACCAAAUGGUUCUUCGCUUUCUCAACUCUUUUCCACUUUUCCUGCACAAAAUGUGAACACAAGCAGGUUUAACAAUCUCAUUCACCACUUACAUCCUCCAGAUUCUCCUGCAGGGCUUUAUAACCGUUCUUACCAACACAUGUGUGCUGUAAUGUGUAGAACCAUGUAAGAGUGUUUGCCACCAGGUUACCUGUCAUCGCAGUUACCAUAGCAACCGUGUUCAAACCACACACUAGCAUCUCCUUUUUGUGAUACACUGACAUUGUCCCAUAUCUUAAUAAGCGUCCACAUGCGUUUUCUGCUACGAGUAGCUGCAUCACUGACGUUAUAGUAGCUGUACAUGUCAUUGUUUAGUUUACACAUCUUUAAAGUAAAUGAUGGUGUGUUUAGAAACUCAAGCACGUUUUAACAUGAACUGUCACAGCAUAAUAUAAAAUAUGAUUACCGUGAUUUUUAUUGCUCUAAUCUCACCAUCAAGUGUUUUUUUAAUCCUGACCAACAUGUAGCUCACUGCAUUAAGUGCAGCAGGAGGUGCCCGUCACUUUCUACUUGUGUCACAAUCACAUAUGGUCAAUGUUGUAGUUAAGUGUUGCUCGAUGAAAAAUAGGUUUGUUGAUCUACAGCAACUUUUAAAUCAUAAGUGUUGUUCCUGGAUUCCCCCUUUUCAAUAAAUUCAAUUAAAUUAAACCAUGAAAUAGUAAUAAAGUUAAAAUGUGUCAAAGA